UCGAUUUGGAGCGCCGCAGACAGUUGGAGAUGAGAGAUGGCGCUCCCCUUGCUCAGGUGGAACAGUAGGAGGACUCCAGCGGUGAUAAGCUCUUAUUUUAGAUUUGAUAGACUUGUACAAAACCAACCUGUGACAAAAGGUGCAAAACUGAAACUCGCUCCUAUAGUGGCUGGUAGAUAUUACAGUUCAGAGCGCAGGCAGAAUGAGAAGGUGGUCGUGGUGGGCAUCCCAAACCCUUUAGUGUGGUUCCGCACCCGAGUGUACUACUUUCUCAUCCGCACUUAUUUCGACAAAGAAUUCAACAUUGAAGAGUUCACAGAGGGGGCGAGACAGCUAAUAGGAAAACUGAAAGAGAAAUGUGCCGAUCUUCCAUUGAGCCACAAGAGGGCGCUGUCAGUUGAUCCAGAGGAGAUCAUGUACACUACUCCAGGGGAUGUGGGCAUCUACUAUGACGAUAACGGAAGGAAGUUUGUUAGUAUUCUGAUGCGCUUCUGGUACUUAACCAGUGCCCAUUUGCCAGAGGACUCCAUGGAAGGAGCGCGCAUCUUCAAGAUGGCCAUUGGUGGAGAUGGAGAGAAGGCAGAGAGCAAGAGACUGCUCACAGCCAAUUAUGAAUUUCAAAGGGAGUUUACCCAAGGAGUGACCCCAGACUGGACCAUCACGAGAAUAGAGCAUUCUAAACUGCUGGACUGAAAUGUGAAGUCUGUUUUUGUGUGAAUUUUUUAUUUUGUUUUGUCCCCUAUGAAUAAAUCAGCAGUUAUCUUCAUGAGAAAAGUAAAGCACCUCGUCCAAAUGACACUGUGUGUGUAAUUUGGUAAAACUAAUUCAGUUCAAAUCUGUUUUACAGUUGUUUUAGUUGCACUAUGUAAUUUUCAAACGCAAAUAAGUGUAAUAGCACGCAGCAUAUGGAACGACAUUCUGAAGUACGGCUUAUGCUUCAGACCCCUUCCCCAGGCAGAAAGAGAAUUAAAAGAAAAGUCAGUAAAAACUUGAAGGACAUGUUUUUGAGGGUCUGAGUGAAUUAUCUACUAUUGUCAUCAUAUCUUCAUCAGCAUAACAUUGAUUUUGAGAUCAUUUGAGACCUUAACUUUGAGCUGGAACUUUUUUUUGAGCCUGUGUGUGUGAUGUUAAUACAUAAAGAUAUGAUGUGUGAAAAACUCCUAGCCUGAUGCCUCUGACUUUUAAAUGAUUAUUUCGGGCUUUACGGGGCAACUCGCAGCAGAAUGCACUCAUCAUAUUAGCCUUUUUAUAUGCUCCUCAAUCUCAUUCCUCACUCGUAUUUUCAGUUAGUUAAAAAAAAAAAACUUACAUAGUGCAGCUUUAAACACAUUAGUUUGUGAAGCGCCUGAUUUCAAUGGAAAAAUUUCUGCAAAAAUGGUUUAUUUUGUGCAAAGAAUGAUGGGAAUUCAGUGGAAUAUUAGUCCUUGUCCAUGUAUUUUUACUCUAGUGUAUACAGGCUUUAAGGUGAAAUAAAAUGUGGACGAUCAACUGCCAGAUGAUGAAAACCCAGUUUACACACGGUCAUUUCUUGUGACUAGUAUCUGGAUAAGACUUUAUCCACUUGCAUUUACACUUGGUAGUCAAAUGCAUCUCUGGUUAGUUGGACUGAAGUCCUCUGUGUGAGAUGGAAUAUGCAAAUGUUCUUGUUACUUGGCAACCAAUUGUUUAUUCAUUCACUUUGUCUGCAGUUUAGCACAGUAGUGUCUGUCCAUAUUGCUGUUAAGCAUUUCAAUUCAUCUGGUCCCCAACCAUGUGAAGUCUCCAUCAUUAUCUUCCUUUCGGUUGUACUGGGAGGGGUUUCAGUUGUUGAAUGUGUUUUGAAGAGACUGAUGUGUUUACGCUGCUAUAACAUGUCUCAAAUGCAUCUCAGAGCACCUUAUGAAGUGCUUUGAGUGAUUAGAUUUGUAUGUUUUAAGUGUGUCUUGAGUGCAUUAACACUUGCAUUACUAUGAGGCUUUGCCUUAUUCAAAUAUGACGCAUGAAGUGACCAGGUGUAAACGGGGUCUAACUGACGCUAAUGCGAUUAAAGUUUUUUUUUUAUUUAUUUGUUUUUUAACAAAGCUGCAGUUUCAUUGUAAUUCUUUAUUCAGACUGAGGGGUAUUACAGCUAGUUUUCUACAUUUCUCCAUAAUUCAGUGUUUGAGAUGUAAACAGAGUCAUUCACAGUGGUUUUGUAUGGUAGUUCAUUGUAGACACUCAGAUGUCUUUACAAUGGUAGUUAUAGGAACCAUGUCUACAACACAAAUAUAGCUAUUUUAAUUACUAUCCUAAACCACCAGUGAACCUAUACGUGUCUUCUGAGUUUUUAUAUAGAAUGUUGAUGAUUGUAAAUUGGUGGAAAAUCUGAACUAAUAUGAUUUCUUUGGAUAUCUGGUUCACCACCACUGUGAGGAAUUCUCACUGUGUAUUUUUCUCUAGAGUGGAGCAUUUCACACCAAAUCACUCUGAAUGACUUUGUGUACAUCAAAUCAAAUCUAACUGUAUUGGUCACACACACAGCCAUACACAGCAGAACAUGCUGUGAAAUUUCUGAAAUAAACGUUUGUGUGUAAUAUUACAUAUCCUAUGUGGUGAUGAAUAGGUAUGAAGUUUAUCCAUAAUGAAAAGGAAAUUCAACAAAGCAUCCCAGAAUUCUUUAAAGUCAGCCUGAGAUCAAAAUUUACCUUUUAUUUACAGUGUUAUUUCAUGUCCCUGGUCAUGUUCAGCUCAAUUCAUCAUAUCAUUUAAUAGACAAAAUGUUUGUUUCUCAUAAUCUUUGAUCAAUGCGUACUGCUUGUCUCUAAAACAACUUCAAAUGUGUAAGAGUACAGAUGAUUUCCAACCAUCAGUGUAAUUUGUUUAUUUUGUAUGUGUAUACAUACAGUCAUAAGUUUGAACACUCCCUCUCAAGUUACGUUUUGUUAUUUAACACAUCCUCUACAAAAACCAUACUUCAUAAAUUUGCAAAUUCAAUAAAUUUUUACACACA